CAUUAGAGCAACAUGAUAGAUCUAACCAGAUUUGUAAGUAUAUAACAGUCUUCUUUCAGUUGACCCCAUCGCCAAUAAUCCUCUCCCCAGUCUCAUCAUUUUCCUUCCCAAAACCAUGGCCGAUAACAACAAUCCAUUAACCAUUCUUAUUUUGCUGGUUUCACUCUCGUCUUCUUUACUCUACGUCAGAUCAGACGCCUCCGAUCACCGCUACCAAGACGGCGACCAUGUUCCUCUUUACGCCAAUAAAGUCGGCCCCUUUCAUAAUCCCAGUGAAACAUACCGUUAUUUUGAUCUGCCCUUCUGCGUUCCAGAUCAUUUGAAAGAGAAAAAAGAAGCUCUUGGUGAGGUUUUGAAUGGAGACCGGUUGGUUAGUGCUCCGUACACACUUAACUUUAGAGAUGAUAAAGUAUCAGCUUCUGUUUGUCAGAAGAAGCUUACUAAGGAAGAUGUUGUUCGGUUUCGAUCAGCGAUUUCCAAGGAUUAUUACUUUCAAAUGUAUUAUGAUGAUCUGCCGAUUUGGGGUUUUAUCGGGAAAGUUGACAAAGAUGGGAAAUCUGACUCCAGUGAGUACAAAUAUUAUCUUUAUCAGCAUGUGCAAUUCGAUAUUCUUUACAAUAAGGAUCGUGUGAUUGAAGUGAGUGUCCGGAUGGAUCCUAAUUCAAUGUUGGAUUUGACGGAGGAUAAGGAAGUCGAUGCUGAGUUUCUUUAUUCUGUGAAAUGGAAGGAAACUGAUAUUACCUAUGAGAACAGAAUGAAGAAGUACUCGCUGUCUUCUUCACUGCCACAUCACUUGGAAAUCCAUUGGUUUUCUAUUAUAAACUCUUGCGUAACAGUUCUCCUUUUGACUGGUUUUCUUGCUACCAUUCUCAUGCGGGUCUUGAAAAAUGAUUUUGUGAAAUAUGCACAAGACGAUGAAGAAGCUGAUGAUCAGGAAGAGACUGGAUGGAAGUACAUCCAUGGUGAUGUAUUUAGAUAUCCUAAAUAUAAAUCUUUGUUUGCUGCUGCUCUUGGCUCCGGAACUCAGCUGUUUACUCUCACUGUGUUCAUUUUUAUCCUUGCAUUGGUCGGAGUAUUUUAUCCAUACAACCGGGGAGCUCUAUUUACUGCACUGGUGGUCAUAUAUGCACUUACAUCUGGUAUUGCUGGAUAUACUGCAACAUCUUUCUAUUGCCAACUGGAAGGAAAUAACUGGGUCAGGAAUCUUCUGCUGACGGGAUGUCUUUUCUGUGGUCCUCUGUUCCUCACAUUCUGCUUCCUUAACACUGUAGCCAUUGCUUACAGUGCAACUGCAGCAUUACCCUUUGGCACCAUUGUGGUAAUAGUCCUUAUAUGGACCUUAGUAACAUCACCAUUGCUUGUUUUGGGUGGUAUUGCUGGAAAAAAUAGCAAAGCUGAGUUUCAAGCUCCUUGCCGUACCACAAAAUAUCCUAGAGAGAUUCCUCAAUUGCCUUGGUACAGGAGUGCGCUUCCUCAAAUGGCAAUGGCAGGUUUCCUGCCUUUUAGUGCUAUUUACAUCGAACUUUACUACAUUUUUGCAAGUGUUUGGGGUCAUCGGAUCUACACGAUUUACAGCAUCUUAUUUAUUGUCUUCAUUAUCCUUCUGAUUGUCACUGCUUUCAUUACUGUGGCUUUGACAUACUUCCAACUUGCUGCUGAAGAUCAUGCAUGGUGGUGGAGGUCUUUUCUCUGUGGUGGAUCAACUGGACUGUUUAUCUAUGCAUACUGCCUGUACUACUACCAUGCUCGAUCAGAAAUGUCAGGCUUCAUGCAAACAUCUUUCUUCUUUGGAUACAUGGCCUGUAUAUGCUACGGUUUCUUUCUCAUGCUGGGAACAGUGGGGUUCCGUGCGUCACUGUUCUUUGUCCGUCACAUUUACAAGUCGAUCAAGUGCGAGUAGCGGGGCAGUAUUUGGCUUCUGUUUACGCAGAAUAUAUCGGAGAAAAGAAAAUUGUACGAUUUUGGGCUAGGUUAGAAGUUAGGCUGGAGAUUACAUACAAGAAAUGAAACAAGAAAAGCUUAGAGCUUUUGGCAUUGCCUGACCUGAAGUGGUAGUUUCCGAGACAUUUUGAGUUUCAAUAAUUGUCUGACGUGUAAAAGAUUGAAAAUGCCUGUACUACUACAUAUACCUUUUUAGAAGAAUCUUCUUCCUGUAUCUUUGUCAUUGUAGACUAAAUUCACAUAUUUUAUUUUUUCAUGGAAUUUAUGGUUAUGAUAAUGCUUAUAACUUUAA